GAAACUUUUCCCCAUAUACUUUGGUACGUACCCCGAUUAUCCUCUGUCAAUUGUCCAGGCCCUGGCUACGCGAGAUUCUAUUGGCUGGUUGUUGGCUCGUGGCUGCUGAGGAAUGCCAAGCCCUUGCGUUAUCGGUGAACGUGGUACCUGUCACUCUGCCCUCGCUCUUUUUCACCGAGGUUCUGGCAAGAUUUCAUGUCUUUUGGGUAUUUGGUGAUAGCCUCAUUCUUACUUAUUCCAUCUAUAACUGUUCACGACUAUAUUUCGUCGCAUUUACUCGUCGUUUGGCCCAUUUCCAUCCACCUCUUGGCGGUGUCUCGAGAUUCUGGCGGGGGAGGCGAGUGACUGUGCGAGGACGUCAUAUUGAUAAGAGACUUGGAUCGUCUCUGGGCACAUGCUCUUUUUUUUUCAUCUAUUUAACUCUCCUGCUGGCCGCAAUUGAGAGGAUUUCUCUAUCUUCGGCUCUUUGCUCUAUACAAAUUAUCUAAAUUCCCAAUUGACCCCAGCAUUUAUUCCAGGAUUUACAAACAGAAACAGAGACCCCGACCCUUCAUGAUUUAUUAGGUGGCGAAGGACCCAAUCCACACUGGAGGAUGGAAGAAGAGGGGCAGACUAAUCCGCCCUCUAGCACAGUGGCGGCGGAAGCAAAGUUUGGCUCAGCACGGGAGCCAUCGCACCAACUAGGACCCCAGGAAGCAGCAAAGAUGUCAUCUCACCGGCUAUCGACUGCCUCCGGUGAAAACCCGUCCGCUGUCAAUUUAAAAAGCAGCAUCUCCGAACCAGUUGAGCGGGAAGCAUUCGUUGAGCCUGCCAGCUUCUCAUUACCUCGUGGCCCAACAUACGGCACCGAAUCCUCGCGAGCAUCUUCGACAAUUAGCCACAGAGGCUCAGUUUCGGACAUGUCCGAGGCUUGGACAGAAGGAACGAACACGUCCAUCAACGAUGGGGCCGUGGAAGAGUCAGAGACACCCAGAAUGCUCAGUGGGAGCACGUCCGACUUAACAAAGCAUUCACCACUACCCGAACCAGCAAUGUCAAAAGCCGGGUCAACUACGUCGGAAUCGAAGCGAAUGUCGAGCUCGUCGCUAUACUCGUUACAAUCCGCGAGGGCAGGCGGUGUAGCGCCCAGCUCCAAUUCCUCUUCCGGGGAUGCCAUCCCGAGGUUGAACCCUGGGAACAUUCCAGGGACCAGAAGCCUCGGUGUUUCACCCGAUGCCGCAACCCCAAUUGUCUCGGUGAUAAGUCCGUCUGUCACGCCGCCUACUGCACAAGGCGCAGCGAACCCCCAACAGGCCGCCCCCAAGGAUGGUGUUCCACCAGGCGAUGCUCCUAAGCGCUCCAGACAAGAAGGCACUUCAAGAGCGAGCAUCCCAAGGUCCAGAAGUCGUGUCAAGCGCCGCUUCAGUGUAAGCACCGGCGCCAGCAGCCACAGCCCGAGCAGCGAGCGAGGAAUACACCAGGUUAAAGAGAAGGAGGGGCCAAAACCAGCACCAUAUGGUAUCAUCGGGGUGUGUGCAUUGGAUAUCAAGGCACGGAGUAAGCCAAGCAGGAAUAUUCUUAACAAGCUAAUCGCAAAGGGGGAGUUUUCAGUUGUCGUUUUUGGAGACAAGGUCAUCUUGGAUGAAGACAUUGAGAACUGGCCAGUCUGCGACUAUCUGAUAUCCUUCUACUCCGAAGGCUUCCCGCUUGACAAAGCGAUUGCCUAUGUCAAGGCCAGAAAGCCUUUCUGCGUCAACGAUGUCCCGAUGCAGCAGAUCCUGUGGGAUCGCCGUAUAUGUCUACGUAUUCUCGACAAGAUCAAUGUUCCGAGUCCGAGUCGUGUGGAAGUCAAUCGAGAUGGAGGACCAAGAGUCAUGAGCCAAGACCUAGCUCGGCACCUCAAGGAGACCUCUGGUGUUAUUGUGCAGGGACCAGAAGAUGGCGAUAAGUUAUUUGCGCCUCCUCCCCGAAAGGUGGAGCUCUUAGAUGACGGCGAUACACUAAGCGUAGACGGAGUACUUUUACGGAAGCCUUUCGUCGAAAAACCAGUCAGCGGAGAAGAUCACAACAUUUGCAUCUACUAUCCCAAAAGCCAAGGUGGUGGUGCCCGCAAGCUCUUCCGCAAGAUUGGCAACAAAAGCUCGGAGCACAUAGAUGGUCUUACGAUCCCGCGCGCUAUCCUUGAAGAAGGCUCUAGUUACGUAUAUGAGAAAUUCAUGAGGGUGGACAAUGCAGAGGAUGUCAAGGCGUACACUGUCGGGACCGGCUUCUGUCACGCUGAGACGAGGAAAUCUCCCGUCGUUGAUGGUCUCGUGAGGCGCAACACUCAUGGCAAGGAAAUCCGCUAUGUCACCAGCUUGACAAAGGAUGAAGCUGCAAUGGCAGCUCGUAUUUCUACCAGCUUCGGACAGAGAGUCUGUGGGUUCGACCUUUUACGCGCUGAGGGGAAGAGCUAUGUCAUCGAUGUGAAUGGUUGGAGUUUCGUGAAAGACAAUGACGCAUACUAUGACCAAUGCUCUAGUAUCUUGAGAAACAUGUUUAUUCAGGAGAGAGAAAGACGACAAGCUAAAGCAGCAGCAGCCGAGCAGGCAAAGAUUUCGGAAAGCGUCGCCCAAUCAGCCGAAGCGUCAGAAUCAGAAAUGCCCCCGCCAACUCGCAAGGAGAGCUCGUUGAAAGAAAAUCACCGAUCUACACUACAAACUAUCCUCGGCAGAUCCCCAAGUAUUUCGAAACUUGCACACCUACACCAUAACCACGGAAAGUCAUCGGAGCAGAGGUCGACCUCACCUGAUAGGGCUGUCCUGACGAUGCCACUAAGCACAGCCUCGUCGAUGGAGAAGCCUGUAUCCAGUAUGGUGUCUUCCCUACCACAUGUUUCGUCCCGCACGUCGAUUUCAGGGCCCGCAUCGGCUGCUGGAUCUGUACGAACCUCGCAGAUCCUCGAACCAAACCCAGAGGAAGAAGAAGAUAAGGAGCUUCCUCCGCCGGCUCCAAAGCAUGCCUGGAAGCUUAAGGGGAUGGUUUCUGUCAUUCGCCAUGCCGAUCGUACGCCGAAACAAAAAUACAAGUAUACAUUUCACACAAAGCCAUUCAUAGAGCUAUUGAAGGGCCAUCAGGAAGAGGUCCUCUUAACUGGUGAGGCUGCGCUCGAUAGCGUUCUUGAUGCUGUCGAGGUGGCUCUACGCGAGGGGAUCGAGGACCGUACGAAGCUGAAGGCCCUACGAAACGUGCUUGUGAAGAAGGGCGGAUGGGUUGGGACGAAGGUUCAGAUCAAGCCAAUGUUCAGGAAACGCAAGGUGGAAGAUUCGCCGAAGCCGACCUUUGCUACGAUCGCAGAUAUUCCCGUUGACGUCUCCAAGGUUAUUCCAUCGGUGUCUACCACACCUGGAGCGACGGAAGACUCCCAGGAUCCAGAGGACAGACCAUUAAAGCGGGCAGAUUCCCUCACGGGCGUCACGCUAUCACGUAUCACAGCCGCAGAAGAAAGACUCGUCCUCGACAAACUUCAACUGAUCGUGAAGUGGGGCGGUGAGCCUACGCAUUCUGCGAGAUACCAGGCGCAGGAGCUAGGUGAGAAUAUGCGCAACGAUCUCUACUUGAUGAAUAAGGAAGUUCUCGACGAGGUCCACGUCUUCAGCAGCUCCGAGAGACGCGUUACCACGAGUGCGCAGAUCUUUUCGGCUUCAUUCUUGGAUAAAAAGGACCUUGCUAGCGAUUUCAUUACUAUCCGGAAAGAUCUUCUUGACGACUCGAAUGCUGCAAAGGAUGAGAUGGACAAGGUGAAGAAGAAACUUAAGGUCCUUCUCAGAGAGGGACAAGGGCCGCCACCACAGUUCGCGUGGCCUGCUAAUCUUCCCGAGCCAUCCAUUGUCCAGCGCCAGGUUAUCCAGUUGAUGAAAUUCCACCGCAAGGUUAUGCGACACAAUUACCAGAAGCUCUACGGCGGCGCCGUAACAUCUCUAAACAACAUCGUCAACCCCGGCGACAAAGCUGCUAGUGAGUCCCCACAAGUGGGCGCGAUGGGACAGGCCACGGCAAUCAACAACAUCCAAGCACGCUGGUGCUGCGGCGAAGACGCGGAGCUCUUCCGCGAGCGCUGGGAGAAGCUGUUCAUCGAAUUCUGCGACGCCGAGAAGGUCGACCCCAGCAAGAUCUCGGAGCUCUACGACACGAUGAAGUUCGAUGCGCUGCACAACCGCCAGUUCCUCGAGUGGGUGUUCACGCCGAGCAAGUCGAUGCUUGAGGAAGAGGACUCGGUUGUUGUGGCUGAGGAUGCGGCUUCGGCGAAGGUGUCAGAGGAUAAGUCUGAUAAGUCGGAGAGAAGCGAUUCGACGAAUACGACGGAGAAGUCUGAGUCGAGCAAGUCGGUUUCGCGACGACUGUUUAGGCGCCGCUCUGGGAAUAUGAAGAAUGUCGUUGAGGAGACUCCAGAAAGUGUAUGUUUACCUUUUCUUAACUGCCUGUUGACCUGCCACUAACAUCACAUAGUAUUUCCACCUCUUCACAGGAAGCACCAAGACAAAGGCAAAGACAGAUGCGAGAUUUGAGAAGCUUCGAGAGCUGUACAACCUAGCCAAAGUGCUUUUCGACUUCAUCUGCCCCCAAGAAUACGGCAUCACCGACAGUGAAAAGCUCGAAAUCGGCCUCCUAACCUCCCUCCCGCUCCUCAAAGAAAUCGUCGCCGACCUGGAAGAAAUGCAAGCCUCUGACGACGCAAAAUCAUUCAUCUACUUCACCAAGGAAUCUCACAUCUACACCCUCCUCAACUGCAUCCUCGAGGGCGGGAUCCAGACCAAGAUCGCGCGCUCCGCUAUUCCGGAGCUCGAUUACUUGUCUCAAAUCUGCUUCGAGCUCUAUGAGUCGGAGACUACACCCUCGCCGGCCCCGAAGACGCAGUCUGCGCCUGAGCUUGCGCCGCCUGCUGACAUGGCCGCUUUGGCUGAAAUAGCGGCAAACCUGCCGUCAGCGCCAGAGCCAAUACCGUCCCCAGCACCACCACCGGAGCAGACGUUUGCGUAUUCGAUCCGCAUCACCAUCUCCCCGGGGUGUCACACCUACGAUCCGCUCGAUGUGCAGCUCGAUUCGAAGCAUUGUAUCGGAUGUGCGCCGAGAAGAUCGCUGACGCAGCAUAUGGAUUGGAAGGAGGUGAUUGAGACGCUGAGGGCGAAGUUUCAUCAAGUUAGGUUGCCGAAGAGCUUUUUGGCUAUUAAUUUGAGUGAGAGUCAUACGUUUCAUCGGAGGGAGGAGGAGAAGAGUGAGGCGGAGGGGGAGAACGGGGGAGGAGAGAAUGGCUCG